GUCACAUCCGUCAAAGUCAUCGAAAAAAAUAUUAGUUUCGAGUUUCGUGGGAGUUUUGCAUGAAAAUUAAAUGUUUUUUAGUAGUUAUUUAGCCGGAUAAUCGUCGAUAAAGAAAUGUCGGAACCCCUAAAACUCGGCCAAAGGGUCGAAGUAUCGGGCAAGGAGGUGCAGGGCGUGAUCGCCUUCAUGGGAAAGACGGGCUUCGCCCAGGGGACUUGGAUCGGCCUCGUCCUGGACGAACCCAAAGGUAAGAACAACGGCACCGUGAAGGGACAGGAGUAUUUCAAGUGCGAGGAAAACCACGGUAUGUUCGUCAAAGAAAACCAACUCCUGAGGCUCGACGAGCACGGGAAACCCCUCCAAGCCCAGACCCCCGCCAGGGAGAUUCCCUCCUCGAAAAUCGCCAGGAGUCGACAGAGCGUGACGCAAAAUGUCAAACCGAAACCCACAACCAUUCGUCGAAAGACAUCCCCGCAAGGCCCCACUCUCUCCGCAUCAAGUUCGAGGAUGUCUCUAACGAGCAGCAGGCAUUCGCUGGCAGGCAGCAGGCAAUCUCUAUCGAGCAGCAGGCAAUCUUUAUCCGGAAGUCGAACACAAUUAGAUACUUCUAGUACCGAUAAACAGUUAGAUUUAAGCGAUAGCAAUACUCCCAAACGAGCUUCGUUCGUAGAGACUGGAUUCGUGGAAACGUUGAAGCCCCAAUUCACGCCGGGCCAAGCCAUGACGACCACCCCCACACCAAUCGCCUCGGUCGACGACAAAAUGGGCAUCAUGCAAAUGCAACAGGAACUCGACAAACGAGCCCAGCAAAUAACCGAUCUCAACGAGAAGCUCGAAACGUUGAAAACCAAGCGCUUGGAAGACAAAGAGAAGCUGAAGAACUACGAUAAAUUAAACGUGCAACUCGAGCAACUGGUCGAAUUCAAAUCGAAGAUCCUCGGCGCGCAGGCCAGCCUGCAACGCGACCUGCAGAAAGCCAAGCAAGAGGCCAAAGAGGCCGUCGAGGCCAAAGAGCAACAGGCCGAAGAGAUGGCCGAUCUCUCGGAGGUCGUCGAAAUGGCGACGCUCGACAAGGAGAUGGCCGAAGAGAAGGCCGACACGCUGCAAUUGGAGCUCGACGUCUGCAAGGAGAAGCUCGAAGAGGUCCAGCUCGAUUUGGAGAUACUCAAGGCGGAGAUGCAGCAGAAGGGCGAAGGCGGUGGAGGCGGCGCCGCCGCGGGCGAUCAGAUGUCCGCCUACGAAGUGAAGCAGCUGCAACAGCAGAACGCCAGGUUGCGCGAGACGCUCGUCCGGCUGCGCGACGUGUCGGCGCACGAGAAACACGAGUACCAGAAGCUGCUCAAGGACGUCGAUCAGAAGAAAUCGGAGAUCGAGGAGUUGGGCAAGACGAAGGAGAAAUUGAGCGCCAGAGUCGAGGAGAUGGAACGGCAAAUCGGCGAUCUGCAAGAACAGGUGGACGCCGCUUUGGGUGCUGAGGAAAUGGUGGUGAUUUUGGGCGAUCAGAAAUUCACGCUCGAAGAGGAAGCGGCGCAGCUGCGCGAGGAAGUCGCCGAACUCGAAGCCUUGCAAGACAUGAACGAUCAAUUGGUCGAAAGCAACGCCGAACUGGAAGCCGAUCUGCGCGAGGAAUUAGACAUGGCGCAAAGCUCUACAAGAGAAGCGCUACGCGAACGAGACGCCGCCUUAGAGACGAUAGCCGAUCGCGAACAAACCAUCGGCAAAUUCAGGCAACUCGUCCAACAGCUACAAGACCGAUCGAGCGACCUCCAGCGACGCCUCGAAGCCGAAACCAGCAAACCCGUAUCCACUCUACCGGAAAUAGUCGACUUCAAAAAGAUGUUCACCGAAACCAAGGCACACACGAAAGCCAUCGACCUGGAACUGCGACGCAUCGACGUCGACCAGCUGCGGCGUCGCGUCGACCUGAUCGCCGCCUAUCUGCCCGAAUCGUUCGCGCGCCGCGGCGGCGACGGCGACGCCGUCUCGACGGUGCUACUCUUACCUCGAUUGCUGCGCAAAUGGGACGUCGUCCUCGCCCAAAUCAAGGACAAAUUCGCCAAGGUCGAUUCGAUCGACAGGGACGGCUUGUUGAAAGGCCACGCCGUCGAUCGCUACGCUUUCAAAUGUCGCAUGAGCUUCCAAGUGUACGCCCUGCAAAUGAUCCUGCACCAGUACGAUCACGUGCUGAGCGCCGGGACGCCGGAGGCGUUGCUCAAAGCCGCCGCCGUCUAUCCGGAGAUGGCCGUCCAAGAGCGCGUCGUCGACGAUUUCGUCGAUUGGCUCAAGCGCGACCGAUUGGACGAGAACGCUUCGACCGAUGCGUUGGAGCGGUGCGUCGGUUAUUUCAACGCGCUGUUUCCGGCGCUGUUCGGCCCCGACGCUCGGUUGAAUCACGUCCGGUUGCUCGUCGAUGGCGUCAGAUGUUUGGCGGCGGCGUCGGAUUGCCUGGCGCUCGAUUCGGCGGCCAUCGGAUGCUUGAUGGAGAGCACCAAAGGGGACAUGGAGCUGCUGGUGCAGCACAUUACGGCGUCGACGGAGAAGCUGCAACAGCAACUGAAGGUGAUCAAGAGGCGGCUGCCGCUGGACGGGAACAUAACGAAUUUGGGUCUGGAUAGGGAGGCGUGCGAGGAUUCGUUCAGGUGCUACCAGCAGGCGUUGCGGGCGUCGAAGACGCUGCAGGACGUGGUGAGGAGCGCCGUGCAAAUGGCGACCGGCGCGGGCGAAUCGGAGAAAUUGAUCGAGCACGAGCGAAUGAAAGAAGCGGCGGUGAACGCGAGCGAGAAAUUCUACGAACAAGACGAUCUGGGUCCGGUGCAGAGCGUGAAGAACUCGCUGGGUUUCAUCCAAGCGCACUUGGACAGAUUAGCGCAGUACCUGCACGACAACGAGUACGAAAUCGCCACGGCUAAUAGAACCGAAGAGAAGCCGAUACCGCCGGUGAAAUUGCGCGCCGAGGCCGUGAGGAAGGAGCUCGAGCAAACGAAAACGUUGACCGGCAAGCUCGAGAACAAAGAGUCCGAUCUGAAGGAGCUGCGGAAGCUGCUGAAGGAGAAACAGGAGCUGUUGUCGGAGAUGACGAUUCGCAAGGAGCUGGCCGAGAAGAAGCUGGGCAACGUGAACAAAGACUACGAAUUGACCAUCGAGAAGUUGCAACGGAAGUUGGACGAGGCGCACAACAACUACAAGAAGAAGGAGAAGGAGUUCGAAGAGACGUUGGACCAUCUGCAGACCGACAUCGAUUCGUUGGAGAACGAAAAGGGCGAGAUGAAGGAGAAGUUGAGGUUGUUGUCGAAGAAGGCGCAAUUGGAGGGUAACAUCACCAUCGGGACGCCCGGUUCUCAAUUGCCAUCGUUGCAAUCGGUGGGUCCCACUCUGCCUUCGGUGGUGAAAGAUUCCCCGUUGCUGUUGCAAGAAAUCGACAAUCUGCGCAAGAUGUUCCAUAACGAGCGCAACGAGAGGAUCCGCUUGCAGAACUUAGAGCUCCAGAAGCAAUUGGACAGCAUGAGGCCCCUUCCGCAGAUCAAAAGCCAGCCCGACGAGGCCAUCGAGAAGCUCAUGAAAGAGGGAAUCGCCUUGCACCAAGAAGUUCUAUCGCAUUUGGCCAAGCCAACGUUCCCCGCUGUGCACAAAUUGAAAUCCGGUAACGGACCGGCGGCUUGGAAGAGACAUUUCGCCGAAGAGGAGAGCAAAUUGUUGUUGUUGAAGAGGAAACGGGAGGAGUUCGAGGCUAAAGUGGCGGCGGAAAUCGUUCAGAGGAAGUUCGGCGGUAGAAUUGAAUCCGAUUUGGCCGUAUUCCCUACGAAGGAAAUGACCAAAGCGCUCAACGAAAGCAAACCUGUGAAUUUGGGAUAUAUUAAAAUAGCUAAAAACGUGUUUCCCGAGGAGAAAUCUAGAGUAGUUAGUUUGGAUGUAGCUUACGAUGAUUUACAGAAGAUUCUUAAGAAAUUAGUCGAUUAAUCGCUUUAAUUUUGUUUUUUACUUAUUCCGCUUUGUUACUGGAUAUAUUUAUUACUAUAUUGUAUUAUGAUUAAAGUUAUUAUUUUCAUUAUACUUACUACUUGUAGAUGUUUAAAACUAAUUCCUGUUGUAGCCCUAAUUUGCU